UUCUGCAGCACUCCAUGGUUUUAUUUUCAUGGACAUACUGAAUAUAUACCAGUUGCAUUUUAUCAUGACAUCAAUAAUGUAUACACUACAAUCACAAUUUCAUUUUGGAAUUGACCUAAGAGAUAUAGCUUAGGAAACGUUUUAAUGACUUGAAAAAAUGGUUAUUCUUGGACAGUAGACAGGUUCUGGUGUUUGAUGGGUUGUAGAUUAAUAGUUUAGGGAGAUGCUGAAACACUCGCUUUUCCAUUCAAUCCGGCUUCUUAACCCAACCCUGAAAAGAAAGAUAUUAGUUCUGAUACUGCUGAUGAACAUGAAAGCCUAAAAGGUCAGUCACUGAACCCACUUUCUUUUGACCAACUGGCCUCUAAAGUUUCCAGAGAUGGCUUCGUAUCAGAUGACACUCCAUGUGAAAAAGGAGACAGGUCUCUCUGAUCCACAUGAUGAUAAUAUAAUGCUAAAAUCCCCCUCUCCCUUCUGCUUCUUUUAGUACCUAUAGUGUAUAUCCAACUGUCCCAUGUGCUAUUAUUUUGUAUAUGAUUGAUCUCUUCCCAAAUCUACCCCUGAAAAAUCGAUGAAACCCCUUCCAUCCUAGAUCCUAGACUCUUUUUUUGGUGAAUGCAUCAUCAGUAGGUCUAAUUUGCAACUCAUUAUCAUAUAAGAUGAUCUCCACUAUCAAGUUCAUUAGAUAUUUACUGUUAUUGCGGCCACACCACCUAAAAGAACAGAUCUUGUAGCUAUUAACUUAGACAACUGGACCAUGACAAGUCAUUAUCACAAGGGAGAGGGUCAUUCAGGUAAAUUCUCCUUCAACUUGUCCUUUAUGCUCCUCCAAUCUGUCUUCCGACACUCAGGCCAAUAAGAUCUUCCCAUUGAGACUUUCCUAGAUUUGAGAAAAGGUGAGUGGGUGAGAAGGUGAAGAUGGGCAAUCUUAGAAGUUCAAGAUUUCAGUUCUUGUGUGCCUUUCAGUUUCUUAUGCUGGUGCAAACCAGAGUGAGUUGCUACCAAUACAAGGUUGGAGAUUUGGAUGCUUGGGGAAUACCCUCCUCUGCAAAUGCACAUGUCUACACCAACUGGUCCAAGAACCACAUUUUCAAGAUUGGAGAUUCUCUCCUGUUCUUAUACCCACCAAGUCAAGAUUCAGUGAUUCAAGUCACAGGGCAGUCUUUCAAUGCCUGCAACCUUACAGAUCCAAUCUUGUACAUGAACAAUGGUAAUUCCCUCUUCAACAUAACCUCCCUUGGCGAAUUCUACUUCACCAGUGCAGUUCCAGGUCACUGUGAAAAGAAACAGAAGCUGCAAAUUUCAGUGCUUUCUGGAAAUGGCUCAUCAGCAUUCUCACCCUCUUAUGGUCCUAGUGCUUUGCCUGAUUCUUCUUACCCCACCGUCUUUGGCUCCAUCCCUGCCGCAAAUUCAUCUUCACCAUCACAGAGGGCGCCUGUGUUUUUAGCAGCUGUAAUGGGAUUUGUGUCAUGGGAUCUGAUCAGAGGCAGAAUGUGAAGCAUCAUACCAACAAAUUGCAAGUUCUAAAGAUACAAGUUACUUUCAUUCUUACCUUCGUCUUUCAUCUUAGCAAAUCGGACUGAUAAGAAUAUUGUUCUGUAAUUCUUUAUGGUCAAUCUAAGAGAUAAAUUAAUUCCUUUUGGCAUUA